AUGAUCGCAGAUGUCGAGGCUAUGUUUUACCAGGUGCGCGUCCCUUCGUCAGAUUGUGAUGCUUUGAGGUUUCUGUGGUGGCCUGAUGGCGACCUUUCUAAAGAGGUGGAGGAAUAUGAAAUGAGAGUCCAUCUUUUUGGCGGCGCAUCAUCUCCGAGCUGCGCCAACUUUGCGCUCAAGAAAACUGCGAAAGAUAACGAGACAAGUUUCAACGCUAAGGUAAUCGAAACGGUAGAAAAGAACUUUUACGUUGACGAUUGCCUGAAGUCAGUCAGGGAAGAAGAAGAGGCAGUUGAUCUUGCAAAAAAGCUACGCGAGUUGCUUGCGCGAGGUGGAUUCAAGCUCACAAAAUGGCUCUCCAAUUCAAGAAAGGUGGUCGAAUCCUUACCUGAAUCAGAACGAGCUUCAGUAGUAAAAAAUCUCGACUUCGAUUGCUGGUCCAUGGAAAGAGCGCUCAGUGUCCAAUGGAAUAUAACAUCGGACAAAUUUGGUUUUAAGAUCGUCAUCAAAGACCGGCCUGCCACGAGAAGAGGUAUCUUGUCGAUCGUUAGUUCAGUUUACGAUCCUUUGGGGUUCGCUGCCCCGUUUAUCCUGCAAGCCAAACUCAUUCUUCAAGAUUUAUGUUGA